UGCUCAACAGUCAAUUCUGUAAAUUUAUAAUAUAAUGACACUUAAAGUUCUGUUUGUUAGUAGAAAUAACGUGUAUAAAUUUGGUUUACGUUGAAACUAGUAUUUUUAUUAUUUGGAUAUCGUAGUGAUUAUAUUUAGCAUAAUGUCCAAACUUAGCGAUAGAAGCAUUAAUUAUCAAACUUACAAAUUAGUAAUAGUUGGCGGUGGGGGUGUCGGAAAAUCUGCCAUCACUUUGCAGUUUAUUCAAAGCUAUUUUGUAACAGAUUAUGAUCCGACAAUAGAAGAUUCUUAUACCAAACAAUGUGUUAUCGACGAAAUUCCUGCAAAACUUGACAUUCUGGAUACAGCCGGACAAGAAGAAUUCAGUGCAAUGAGGGAACAAUAUAUGAGGUCUGGAGAAGGUUUUUUACUAGUCUUUUCUGUUACUGAAAGAUCCAGUUUUGAAGAAAUUUACAAAUUUCAUAAACAAAUUCUUAGAGUCAAAGAUAGGGAUGAGUUUCCUAUGUUAAUGGUUGGUAAUAAGGUUGAUCUGGAACACCAACGGACUGUAUAUCAAGAGGAAGCUCAACAAUUGGCUAGACAACUGAAAAUACCCUACAUAGAAUGUAGUGCUAAAAUGAAGAUGAAUGUUGAUAAUGCUUUCUACGAAUUAGUCAGAGUUGUGAGGAAAUUUCAGAUGUCUGAAAGGCCACCUCUUAAACCAAGUUAUAUGAAAAGAAACAAGAAGAAGUGCUGUGUUCUAUAAAUAAAAAUAGAAAUGAAAUGAAAAUAACAUCACAAUAAGGUUUAAUGAAAGAAUUAUUGUUACUUUUUUAAAUGAUCAUUUUGAACUUUUUAAUUAACAAUCAACACAGGUUAAUUAUUUGGAUAAAAAACAAUUAAAAAUAAUUUGACAGGAUAAAUUCACCCCAUUACUAAAAUGUCUAUUUGACUUUCCGCUCUUGUCACUUUUACAGAGAUAAAGAGAUGCAUAAUUUUUACAGCGAUAAAUUCACUCCAUUAUCAAAAUGUCAAAUGAAUUUUAUAGUUUUGUCACUUUGACAACGAUAAAAACCUCUUCAGUUCAUAAUUAAGUAGCCCUUUUCUUUCGUUUCUAAGCAGCAAUAUAUUGCUAAUAUUAAAUUUGUGAUUACAAUAUUAAGAAAUGCACUGAUAUGGCUUUGUGAAUUUAUCUAGCCAAAAGCUGUCUAUCUUUUUUUGAGAUCAGAUAAACUUUAAUUUUUCAACUUAAACUAAAUUUUUUUUAGUAAUUUAACUCAAACCAACUUACUAAAUAAAAACACUCCAGCUUUGCUGUAAUAAUAAAAGUUCAUCCGUUGAAGAAAAAACGUCUUGUUCUUUAGCAUAUGAUAUUUACUUUCCAGCUAAUAAUUAGGUUAACAUAUUGUUACAAUUGAAUUCGUGAUUACAUUAUUGAGAAAUUAACCAUUUUGCUUUUGUGAAUUAUUUAGCUGAAACGCACUUGGUGUUUUUUUGAGAUUGGAUAAAUUUCAAUUUUUCUAAUGAAACUAAUAUUAACCCAAACAAACUGUACUACAUAGAAAAAUCAAAUUCCUGAGCAAUCUAGUAUUUGUGAAAAAUGAAAGUUGAUCUGAUGAAAAAGGCUUGUGUGCUUUUGGGGAUGAUAAAUCUUAUCUGCAUUUUCAUCAGUACCUAUUACAAGUGAGGAAUAUUAUCGACAUCCAAAUGAAUUUGUUUAGCACAAAGCAUUUAUUGCAUGAGUAUUAAAGUGAGUGUUCAUGAAAACUCUGCCUAUAUAAAAUCCUAUUAUUUACUAAUAUAUACAUAAAUGUCAGAGAAUAUAUCAAUGUUGUAUCAUUAGUUCCACCAAACUUAUAUGACAAUAUCACAUACUUACUUGCAUACUGGAAUAUUAUUUGAGAAGUUGAUAGUUUAAUUUAGUUUUUUCUAAUUUAACCUAUAACAAAUUUAGGCAUAACUAAAUCUUAUUAUAUAGUUCUGUCUAUUUAUGAUAAAGAAUGUGUGAAUUCUUGAAAUUAAGAUUAUUGAAAGCCGAUUUUAUUUUUAUAAGAAUAAUAUUUUUCUAGAAAUUCAUCUACCUCUAUAUUACAAUUUUAAUGUUUCAUUUGAAAAACAGGUGUUCCUAUUGAAAAGAUCACUUGUAUAAGGUUGAACUCAAAAAGAAUAUAAGAAAUAUAGCAAAUUCAAAAAAUAUCUGAAUGGGGCUUUUCUUUUGUAAUCUUACUUCAUUGCUGAAAAAAUUCACUGCCAUCUAACUAUAGUUGAUAUUCUUUAGUUGAAAUUGAAUUGCAUCAAAAGUUGAAUUAACCACAAAACAAAUUAAUUGAAUAAAAUAAUGCUAUCAUAACAUAAAAUUAAUUUAUAACAAAAUGAAAUGAUAGCAAGAAAUAAUAGAUAGUGUUGGCUAAAUUAUGUAAAUUUACGAAUUUUUUCGCCUACAUAUUUUAUAUAUAUUUGUAGAUGUAACAUAAUGAUCAGGAAAAGUGGAAAUACUCACAUAAGUGACACUUAUGUUUUUUUUAUUUUUAAUGUUACGUUGAAUUAAUUGGUAUAGUAUGGCAAUUGUUUCCAUGACUCAACUAAAAUUAUUAAUUAGAAAAAUAUAUUGAAUCUAUCAUAACGAGAGAUGUGACAUAAUAAAAAGGAAAAAGUGGAAAUAUAACACAAGUAAAUAUAAAAUAUUCACAUAAGUGACACUUGUAUUUCAAAAUCAGAAUUUCAUUGAGAUUAUGAGAAUGAAAUAAAAAUUGGGCAUUCCCAUUUAAAAACACAGGGUGAUGUUGUCUUUCGCCACUUUCAGACUAGCCUCUCUAGAGUCAAAAAUAAUUUAAACCUAUGCUCUCAGUACUGUCGACUUUGUCAAAAUUUGAAUCAUUCUGCUAGCCCAAAAUUUCCGAGAGUUAUCAACCAAUUGAGCACUAUUGAAUCGCCCUGAUAUAUAUAUAUAUAUAUUAAUGAAUAUUUUCAAAUGUUCCGUGUAGAUUUGGGACAUCUCAAAAAUAAAUUCAUCAAAUAUUUCUAUCGGAGAAAGUUUGAAACUAUAAAAAUUCUUAAAUUUACAUAUUUAGCCAAAAUUAUUUAUUGCUUUAUUAUAUGUAAAACUUAAUAUAUGUUUUGUUUCUAUAGAUAUAUUGUUUUAGCAAAAGUGAACUGUUUACUAUGGAUUUACUUGAAAAUCAAAUUCAAUCAGUUUAUUAGGGGGCAGCUUUGCUAAAAGAAUGUUUUGACAUAUUGAUAGGAACUUUUUUCAAUCUGUGCAAUAAACAAAUCAAUUAUCGAUA